AUGCCAAACAGCACACCCAACUCUCGUUUCAAUGCUACCAUCAUCAACAUACACUCGCCUAACGAUGAGAUCCAUUCAGUCAGCCAUGAUGAGUCCUUUCGUCGCACUUCAAAUGCAUCCAGCAACAACACGCACAAUACGGCCACAAGACAGCAGCAACAGCCACCUCCCAAACCUUCUCCCAAGGUAGAAGAGUACAGAAAGAUGAUACAGCACAUUAUAGGCAAAAUACUCAAGCGAAAGAGACCACCUACUGCCUUGUUCCAUCUAAGCGAGCUUUGUAGAACAACGCAAGUAUCCGAUCAAUUUGAAAACGAUGAUACCAUUGAUUUGCUGAUUCAGUUGAGAUCUGCCUUGAUGGUGUGCCAUCAAGUGGGUCUCAGUGCGCAAGUGCUGAUGCAAGGUGAGCGUACACCUUCCGCCUCACCAGCCUCAUCCAGGGCAAACUCACCUGCACCAUCACCUCGCACCGGCAGUCCAGCAGCUCGCUCGGCCGAUGGACCAGCAGCAGCUUCCUCGUCCAACAAUGUAGCCAAAGAAAAGAGAUCAGAGUUUGAGACCAUUUUGUAUGUCCUUGGUGAUCUGGUGCUGAACGACAGUCGAUUCAAAACUGCCAAUCCAAAGCCAUCUCGACCACCUUACACAAUGCAAACUAUUUUAAUCGAUAUUGCGCUGCUUCUUGUACAGAUUCGCGAUGAUUCCACUGGAUUAUACCACAUUGGCACUGUAUUUCUACCAGCAUUUGAAGCAUUUUCGGAUGGAAACAUGUUGGGAAAACUGCUCUCUCUGUUUCUAGACAGUCUACUGCCAAAAUUGAUGAAACUGAAGGAUGAACCCAACAAACCUCAUGCGUCGCAUCUACCAAAAUCCUCUACUUCUUUUGCAGAAGCCACGCCUCGAAAAACACACAACCCAAAUACACCCACUAUCAAUAUCCAGAGCCCUGAGCCAGAUCAGGCUGCCAAUACCCCAAUGAAAAUGUCGCAUCUCACCAUUGAUACACGACCUUAUUCGAUAGACUCAACUGGAGCAGGAGGACCUUCAUCACCGCACUCGCCACAUUACUCACCUGCAGCCCAAAGUAGCACACACAGCAGCAUUCAAGGCCAAAGCACCGCUGAAUACCAUGCCUACGCCUUGUUUACGCCCUUGUUGUUCUUUAUGAUUCAGUACCUGGAUCCCUAUCUAGCAGCACAGCCUACAAAAGCGCAACAGGACAAUUUAAGCUUUUCGCUUACGAAGCAAGCCAACUCAAUCCACAACUUUCAUCGUGCACUGUCAUUCAUGAUGAGUUGCAAGCCAGACCUCUACCUGGAUAUUUUGGAUGUGAUUUCGCAUAGCAGUUCCGAAGUGAAAUUUAGGGCAUGUCAGAUUUUGUUGUACUACUACUUUGUCAGUGUGGGCCAUGUGAUGGUGGCAGAUCCAUUGCCUUUGCUGGGGACGCGGGAGGAAUUGGAGGUCUUGGAUCAGCAUAGGGAGCAGCAAGAGUUCGAAGAGCAGCGUCAAAAGAACCAUCAGUACAAUCGUCAGCAUCCCACUUAUCAACAGCAACAGCAGCAUAAUCAUCGCCCUCAUUUGAUGCGACACCCAAGCACAGUAGAAUCGCUGGAGGAAGAUGACGUCGAGGAUCAUCAUGUGUGGUAUCCCUACAUGUUUGACCAUGCCUCACCUAAAUCAACAGACCUAUUCGACCCAAGUUCAAGUAGCAGCAGCAGCAGCAGCAAUAGCACAUUCCCACUCUUGGUACACGACGACAUGAACGAGGCCUUUUGCAAAGAAUGCUUCAAGCUAAUCAAGGGGUUUGGAUUGCGAUGUUAUCAGUGCAAAGGAAGUGUUCACUACAAUUGUUCCAGUGCUGUAGCCGACAUGAAGGAACAAGGUCUCAUGUUUUACGUCAAGGCAGGUGGCAUUCAAAAGGUGGUGACACCUCAGUACUGCAAUAUACCACCACAGCCUCGCUUUCGAGACAUGGUUAACAGAGGUAUUCUGGGCUGGACCAUCAAGUCCAAUGCGUCUCGUGUGGGUUUACUGGGCCACAUGUUUCAACUGGUUAACCUGUAUACAUUGACAAUUUGUGCGUGCUGUGGAUUGCCAUUGUGGGAUAUCACUCAACAAGGAUAUCACUGUAUGGAAUGUAACCGGUUUGUGCAUGUGCAAUGUUUGGCAGAGGCAGAAGAGGUCCAUGGGUUUCGCGUCUACGACAAUGCCCGCAGCAGCUUUCAAGUGUGCGUGCCUUAUCAGCCCUUGCUAGAGAGUGAUAUCCAGAUAGCGCAGUCUGAUCUGUCCAAAAGUUUGUGUGCAUACUAUGGUGAUGCCUUGCCAACAAGUGCUGAAACAUUGGAUGGCAGAAGUUUCGAAGAAGUCGGUACCAUGCUGAACGUAUUGGUAUUGCAAGAUCAUAUACUGCACUGUGGCGUGGCUGCUGGCUGUAUACUCAUCACACAUGAGUCGGACGAUCCUCUCCUGUCACAACAGCCACAAGACAAGGCAACAGCAGCAUCCAUCGACACCCCUUUAUUCAAACUAGACACGCAACCAUCUCAUUGUGCUGUGCUGACAAGGGCUAUACAGCUGUGCUCAGACUAUCUCGCGUCAGGCAAAUGCUUUGGCUCGGUCUUUCUCACAGACUUUUGCGGCAACAAGGCAAGCACAAUGGACAAAUAUGUACUGAGCAAGGAGGAAUACCUGGGCCAUCUCAGCGCUAUGAUCAAGUGUCUUAUGACUAACUUUGACAGUGGAAGUAACAUUACAGCAGCAGCAGCGCCGCCACUCUCCUCGCCUAUGCAAUCUACGACAAACACCUCAACAGCAGACAAACGAAGAUCCGCAGGCGAUGCCCGUGGUUUCUUGCAAGUGUCACCCAAUCCAUUCGCUCAGGUCGCCAGCUGGGAAGACGAUCAGGACGACGAUUUUAGUGAGGGCCAUGUCCCUCAUGAAUCCCUGGAUCGCUCCAUGCUGCUAUCAUGGCUCAUGACGAACCUCAACUUCAAGAGUCGAAAAGCAGCUGAAAUCCUGUUGCAGCAUAUGCGAAAUCUGGGUUUCUUUGAGCGUUUUGAUGCUUCCCCAAUGCUGUUUCCCAGCGACGACAAGCUCAAAGACCAACAAGACAACAAGGCAGUGCAAAUAAUUUUCCCUGUGCCUUAUGCUAUCGACUGCUCUGCUCAUGUGGAGUCGUUGAUCAACUCGAUAGAGGCCUGCUUGCAAGACGUGGAUCUCUCAAUAAACGAGUGUGGACUGCUGCUAUUGGUGAGACGAUGCUGGCCAGAUCCCUUCAUGUCAACUUACACACGCGAACGACUGAUACAUGCGAUUGUUGGAUGGAUCUUUGAUGAAGAUGAACGUCUUUUAGCUUUACACGCAGAACUGACGUCCAGCAAGAGUCCCCAUCAUGUGCACGCUGCCAACAAGCAGCAAAACAAAUGGGCUCAAGCAGCACUGUUAUCACGUAUGAAGGGAGGCAGUGGAGGCAAUCCUACGACAGACCGCCACCGACUGAGCACGUUUCGCCAUACAACGACAGCAGGCGUCAGCAGUGGCGCCAGCAGUAUUUAUGUCACAACGCGUGCUGCUUUACGAGAUCGCUACAUUGUGCGAUGGAUGGCCACCAUCCACGAUAUGGACAAGGAUGCUUACACGGACAUUUUGUUCAACGCCAUGGAGGAGAUUGUGGAUAACAAGUAUGAAGAGUGCGCUGUGCCAAACUGGGGAGAAACGCAUGAUACCAAGAAACACGUGUUACAAAAAUACGAGCAAUUGAUCGGCUACGUCCUCAAGCUCAAGACAAAUGGCCUCACGUUCGAUUCGUUAGAUUCUAUCUUGCAACAGUGGCUUGAGAGAACGCAUAUGGAGUUUAGUCAUCUUGGUAUUCUCCAGGAAAAAGAGCCAAUGGAUAUGCGCCAUUUAGCCAAACUCUGCUCCACCCGAGUACCGUUAACAAAAUCAGCAUCUUCUGUUGCUAUUGUAGCCAAUCCUAUUGAUAUCAUCAUGGCUCAGUUUGAUGCUGGAGAUACACACAGUAUUGAUCGUGGUAUGCGUUGGCUGACACUGGUCACUCACUCUGGCACCGGCAUUCCUUCCAACUCACUUUCUCAUAUUGCUCGACUGAUGGUCGCUGCUCGUACGCCUUUAGACAUUACAGCUGAAUUUGUCAAGAUUCUGUGGUUCCAAGCUGUGCAUGGGCUGAAUAUGCCUACCCCGCGUGCUGCAGUGAUUGAUAUCAUUGGCUACUUGAAUGAAAUUGCACUGGAUACACUGCAGGUCAAUAAUGAGAGUCAAUUGUUAUCAGAUCAAAGCCUGACCAGUGCGCAAACCUUCAUCAAGUAUUCAGCUGCCUUGGCUUGUUUUGCCUACAACUGUCCUCUCAAGCAUAUUGUUGAACUGGGCAUUGUCCCGCAUGUAGGUGAUCGCGCUAUCAGUAAUGCUGCUGCACCACACAGCAAAAGAACAACCCUGUCAGAGAAUUCUGUCAUGAUGCAAGCUGACGAAAAGACACCGUUAAUCCAAUGUAUGCUGCGCUACCUGCGAUUUGAUCAACUCAAUGUGCGACAAGAUGUGAUCAAGAUGUUUUACGGCUUGUUUCAUUGGGGACUUGGCAUCAGCAACAAGGACGAAUUUAUGGCAAAAUGUAUGCCUCAAUUGAUUCCUUGUAUCUGGGAGCUGUUGACACCCACACACGAUUAUUUGAGUGACAUCAAUCUAGGCUUGUUGAUGAAGUUGAUUAGCGUGGAUGUGCGCUAUUUCCAGGCCUGUGUAUUCAAGAUUUUUGAAGAUGCCAAUUGGGAAGUCAGGUAUCAGGGCUUGGAUAAUCUCUUUGGACUGUUCACCAAGAUGGAUGCUGCCUUUCAGACUGAAUGGCUCAAACUCCUGUCUCAUUUGGGACCUGUGUUUAGUUACUUUGUGGGCUGCUUGUGGGACAAGGAAGAGUACGUGCGAUCCAAGGCGUAUGCAUUGAUCAGAACAUUUGGCACACUGCACUUGCGUUCAGCAUUUCGUUGCUGGGAAGCCUACUUUUUAACAGCCACUGACAGACAGAAAAUGUCGUUGGUAAGCUUGAUGACACAGUUGAAUGCGCUGUUUCCUGACUGGCAAGUGCUCCAAUGGGAGUCAUUAUUGGAGGCUUUGGAAAUGAAGACACCGGUAGACAUCUUGGACGAGUAUACGCGAUCCCCUUCUUCUUUGGAAGAUGACUUGAUCAAGGACGCUAUGGAUGUGCCUAGCAACAACGAAGCACAUCAUCAUCAUGACCAGGAAUCGGCCGAGUCAGAAAAUGUCAAGGUACUGAUGCUUACACUGGCACUGCAGAUGCUCAGCAAUCACCUCAGCAUUGAGCCAGCCCAGAUAGCUCGACUCAAGUUUAUCUUGGUGCAGCAAAUGAAUUUUCAAAACUGUCAAUUGUUCAAUGACGGUGGAGAAAUCACAGUUGAAUUUGGCCUGCUACAGUACAACCCAAAGGAUCCAGCGCGCGUUGCCGUUAUGAUCUCGUGUAUCCGUGGGCUAAAGAAGAUUAUGGAUAGCUUUGCUCCACUGCCAGCAGAAACCGUGGCUGCCAUGGCAUCAGACUCAUUGGAACAAUCUAGAAUGAACCUCUCUGAGAACAGUAGUCCUGGUGUCCAUUUCAUUGAUGUGGUGCUCAAGAUGAUGAACUCGGGCAUUGAUUUGACAAAGCUGGGCCACAUGAUGCUAAAGGCAUGGCUUGAAAUUGUGUUGAUUGUCGUGUACAAGCACAACAUUCUUGACAGAGAGUACGAACAACACAUUGUCACCUGCAUGAAGCAGAUUAUUGAUCUCCUAACAGAAGACGUCAGCGAAGAAAACAAGCUGCUUAUAUUGGAAAUAUUAAAGUGUCUCUUGCGUCGUUCUGACCAUCUCACUGCCAUGGUGUUAUCCAAGCAAAUCCUGGCUCUAGGCAAACUGAUGACAAAGCUGGGUGUUCGUAACUCUGAACCUGUGUAUCUCAAGGCCAAGCAGUUUCUCAAGAGCGCCUUCUUGCGUUUUGCUGUUGCUGGUUUGUUUGUGCUCAUGUUCAAGAAUCAAACCGUGUCAGACGCCAAUGCGGGUGAUGUCGAUCUGUUCUUUGUGUUGCGCACUGUCAUUGACCCGGAUGAUGUAAUCCCAGACGAAGAUGUGCGUGGCGAGAUCAUCUAUCUCAGAGAUCAGCCUGUGCGUGAUGUGCUGGACAAGCUGAUGAAGCAGCAGAUGGAGCGGAAAGCCUUCUCUACUGUAUUGCACAACACCAGUCGAUACGUGGAAACUGUGCACACACACCCUUAUUCUGAGAACAUCCUGAAUGACUAUGCUGGCUUUAUCCACGCUCUCAUCAAACACACAACCGACUGGAGGCGCUCUGAUUGGAACAUUAACCCCGUAUUCACCAUGUCGGCCAUCCUGCUGAAAGAACACCCGUAUCAUCAUGCCAUCCUGCUGCCUCCUAUCCAGGCCAUCUUCAAGCAUGGCCUCUCUCAUUGCGCUAUACAGCCUGAAGCCGUUGUCAAGCUCAUGGCAGCCUAUUCAGCUAUUGCGACUAUUCCUGGUGCUCAACCCAGCAAUGUCUUUGUGGAUAUCAUGAUGGAUGAACUCAAGCAUACCAUCGCCAAUGUGUCCAAGCCCAACAAGGACACGCUUUUGGUACUGCUUCAGCUUGUGCUUUGGGACACAAAAGCCAAUGGUCAAGCGUGGUACACCACCAUGGAGACUUCAAUACUAGGCGAUAUGUUGCGUGGACACCAUCGACUACGCUACUUUGAUAGCAAAUUACUGGAGCUGCUGCCCUUCUUUGUUGGUUUCAUGAAGCGAGCUUCUACUAGCCAACAGUUUACAAAAAAGGAUUUCAAGGUGUACAGCUGCAUUGCUCAAUUGAUUGUGGCCAUGUGUCUAAAAGACCCUAAAUUGAUGGUGAUCAUAUUUGGUUAUCUCAAGCUGGAGGAUGGCACUGAAUGUCUUCGAUUUUUAAACUGGUUCAUAUUGACAUUACUGCGUGAGAAUGCAGAUACGCUGCUGUAUGACAUGCUUGGUUAUGAGGUUGUGCUGACUGAACUGCUGGUGCGUACCUUCAACACGGUAGAGGUGGACUUUCAUACACCAGAUCUCAACUUUUCCUACAAUCCCUCCAGUGAAAAACUGUUGUUAAGCUUUUUGCUGCUAAAAUCCUAUGUGCUGUUGAAAUUGAGGAGUGGCAAUGUGAAUAACGAUAAUCCCAUCAAGACGCGGAUAUUGAACCCCAUUUCAUUCUGGUUGACAUUGUGGCCAGCGCUUCGUCGAUUGCUGGAUUUGAUUGAGCCAUCUACGCUCUUCAUGUCUGGCAAUGUCGGCUUAUCUGUAUGGAACAUGUUUCUGUCGUUGUUGCAGUUCUUAUUUGCAUCUCGUAGUGAAGUUGUCAUGAUCAAUGCCUACGAAUGGAGCGAUUUACUGGAUGAUCUCUUGAAAAAGCUGGAUCAGGACAAUUAUCAUAUUUCACAUCAGGACAAUGGUGGUAUGGAUCAUGUCAUUUCGCUGGAUGAUUUCAGAAAGCAAGUGACAAAGCUCAAGGCUAUGUUUGAUGUGCCUCCCAUUGAAGUUCCUGCUGCCAUCAUGAUCAAUCAACUGUUUUUAGAGAUGCGUGAUGUGAUGCGAUUGCAAGCUGAGAGUAUACAGAUCCAAGGCAAUAAUCGGGCCUUGAUGCAAACGAUAAGCCCUACCUUUUGA